CUUGUGACCAUUGGUGCUAAUAAGCCAAAUAAAGAAGUCAUAAGAGAUAGUAAUGCUUUCACAAUGCCUCCACCGAAGCCUCAGAUCAAUGACAUUCAACUAGCUUCUAGCUUGAGAAAUGGCGAGCAUGUAAACUUUUCUCACUUGCUAAGGCACAAUUUGAGCAAUGCAUCAAAAUGUGUUCUUGGAAUAGGGGAGAAAGAGGGUGCUCCUGCAAUUUCACCUCAAGGAGUUCAAGAAAACACAUAUGAUGCAAUUGCAACUUCAUCAUCAGGACAACCAAGCACCAGCAAUCAGAAUCUCAGAAGGAAGAGAAAAAAUGGAGAUGAAUUUGAAUGCCAUAGUGAGGAAGCUGAAUAUGAGUCUACUGAGGGGAACGAGCUGAAUCAACUGCCUGCAUCAACUCGAAAGAGCCGUGCUGCUGAAGUUCAUAAUCUAUCAGAGAGGAGACGAAGAGACAGAAUCAAUGAGAAGAUGAGAGCAUUGCAAGAACUCAUUCCUCAUUGCAACAAGACAGACAAAGCUUCAAUGCUAGAUGAGGCAAUUGAGUACUUGAAAUCACUUCAACUACAACUUCAGGUUAUGUGGAUGGGAAAUGGCAUGGCAACUAUGAUGUUUCCUAGUGUCCAACAGUAUAUGGAUCGUGCCUCAAUACUUCCGAUGAAUAAACCAAUUCAAUUAUCGAGAACCCCACCAUUAAACCAAAUGAAUCCAAUUAAUUUCCCUGCUCAAAAUAUGGAAUCAUAUGAUCAAUAUUAUGGCUUUCCCCAAACCCAACUAUCUCCUCAGGCCAUGAAUUUAUGUUCAUAUGGAUCCCACAUGCUGCAGCAGAAUCAAACAGUAAAGGUUUCUGGAAGUAAUAGCUUGCCGACAUCUGGUAUUCAUUUUGAGAAUGGCCACUCUGGUUUAAAACAUGGCAAUUCAACGUGGUGACUGAAGCACAUGAAGUUAACGGCCUCCCGCUUUUACUCUCCUAAUACUCAGACUAGAGUUCAAGGAGAAAUGUAUCUUGUAUGCGUUGAGAGAAUGUUAAAUGUCGUAAAAUAUGUCAGAAGAGCUGAUAUUGUGAACUUCUAAUGAUCAAAAUAUUUUUUCAGAUAAAUUACCAUGGUCUUCUUUCUCCUUUUUCCUUUACGAGGCUACGAAUUCGUCUCCAUUGUACUCUGUCUUCUCUAUAAGAGCAUUACUUUGGUCUUU